CUCUCAUUUUUUCUCGAUAGCUAACAUUACCGCAAGUCAAAGCUCAUGGCUUUGUACAGUGUAUUUGUAAGUUGCAACCCUGAAAUGAGAUCUCUUGUGAUGCAUGCAUUUAUGAUGCUGCUUCUCUGUUAUUAAGUAAGCUCUGAUCCAGGUAUCAAUUGCAUGCCUAGCUUGUAGGACCAGCUACUCUCUCUCUCUCUCUCUCUCUCUCUCUCUCUCUUUCUCUCUCAAUCCCGAGAGAGAGUGAGAAGGUCCACCGAGCAGCCCAACUUGCAGUUGUGUAGUAAUGCAGCAACAUCAGAAUGGAAGGCCAACCCUACUAACCUAUAAUUGAGGCAUCAAUAUCUUCACCCAGUUCUAUGAACUAGUUACUUAGAUAAAUAUAGAAACUCUCAGAGUCUCUGAUCUUAUCUCACUUGAAGAAAAUCAGAGAGAGAUAGAGAGAGCGCUACACACAUUAUGGAGGGUCCAAUUACAUUCCCAAGUGUAGCCCUUCUCUUCAUGUCCUUAUUCUUCUUCUCCUCAACCACGGCCAUUGCUGCUCAUGUCCCAAAACAACAAGAGCUAGAUCGAAUUUCAGCACUGCCCGGACAACCACCAGUGACAUUUUCUCAAUUUUCUGGAUACGUUACCGUCAACGAACAACACGGCCGAGCUCUCUUCUACUGGUUGACAGAAGCCACAGCUUCACCUGAGAAGAAACCCCUUGUUCUUUGGCUCAAUGGAGGGCCGGGUUGUUCAUCAGUAGCAUAUGGAGCAUCGGAGGAAAUUGGGCCGUUUAGGAUUAACAGAACCGGUUCAUCUCUUUAUCUCAACAAGUAUUCAUGGAAUACAGAAGCAAAUAUAGUGUUUCUUGAAUCGCCUGCUGGUGUUGGUUUCUCUUACUCAAAUACAAGCUCCGACCUUAGAGAUUCCGGAGACAAAAGGACAGCUCAGGAUGCUCUAGUCUUUGUAAUUAGAUGGAUGUCAAGAUUUCCACAAUACAGAUAUAGAGAAUUCUACGUUGCUGGGGAGAGCUAUGCUGGGCAUUAUGUUCCCCAGUUGGCAAAGAAGAUCAUUGAUUAUAAUAAAGCAAACUCGCAUCCCAUCAUCAACCUUAAAGGUUUCAUUGUGGGAAAUGCAGUAACUGAUAACUAUUAUGACAGCAUUGGAACAGUUACAUUUUGGUGGAGCCAUGCAAUGAUAUCAGACACAAGCUACAAAUCGAUUCUCAGGCAUUGCCAUUUCAAGGAGGAAAAAGCGUCUCAGCAAUGUGAUGACGCAGUCAAUUAUGCCAUGAAUUAUGAGUUUGGUGACAUUGAUCAAUAUAGUAUAUAUACACCAUCUUGCAUAGCUUUGCCUAAGAAUACCACGAAGCAUCUAAGGCUCAGAGAUACCCUUUUACGUCGCCGGAUUUUUGGGUACGAUCCAUGUACUGAAAAUUAUGCUGAGAAAUAUUAUAACCGACCAGAAGUGCAGAAGGCAAUGCAUGCAAAUAUUACAGGAAUACCUUACAAAUGGACUGCUUGCAGUGAUGUUCUCAUAAAAAACUGGAAAGACUCGGAAACUUCUGUGUUACCCAUAUACAAGGAACUGAUUGCAGCUGGUCUAAGAAUCUGGGUUUUCAGUGGAGACACAGAUUCAGUGGUUCCCGUCACUGCCACUAGGUUCUCUCUUAGCCAUCUCAAUCUAACUAUCAAAUCAAGGUGGUACCCUUGGUACUCAGGUGGUCAGGUAGGAGGAUGGACAGAGGUCUACAAGGGGCUAACCUUUGCUACAGUAAGAGGGGCUGGCCAUGAAGUUCCAUUGUUUCAACCCAAGAGAGGAUUCAUUCUUUUCAGAUCAUUUUUGGCAGGGAAAGAACUACCAAAGUCUUGACAAGUUUGCUGGGAAAGUACAACGAUUGAUAGUUGAGAAAAGCUGCUAAUUAAUGUAAUUGUUUAAAUUAGCUUGAAAUUCCACACAACGGUGGGAAAGUGGCUAGGAUAGAAAACAUUCAUUCAAAUCAGUAUUGAUGAUUUCAAGAAGUGUAGGCGGAUGCAGGUUGUUGUUUAAGUUCAGGAAUUGGAUUGAUAUUGUCAAACCCAUUAGUAAGUUCUUUAAUGCAAGCAAGAGAUGAGAUUGAUAUGAAGAA